GACAAUGAAUAUGUACUUGUGCAACUAGAUAGUACACCACCCAUCGCUUAUCGAGAUGUGCAUGACAACAAGCAUACAGAUGACUUUGAUGCAACUUUGAUUGUUGCACAUGAUCGAGAUGAUCAGUCAGACCAGAGUAACCUCCAUAUGAAAUAUUACAUCAUACUUACCAGCAGGAGAGAACUUUAUCCCAAACUUGAGAUGGAGCCAAAGCUAGGGAAAUUCUGCACUGUUUCAACGGCUUCUGUAAUGACACCACUGCAGCUGGGGCAUGCGGGAGGCUCUGGGGAGAUAGAUAAUGCUGGUGUUGGGUCAGGGAGCAGAGAGUGGCAUGGUAGCCAGGAUGCAGAUAGCAACACCACAACCAACAUCAAGCCUGAGCUUGAGCACAUGGCAGAGCCUGAGGCAGAACAAGAUUGUGAAUCAAAUCAUGAAACUGAUCAUAAUGCAGACUCCAGCUCAGAAAAUGUAGGCAGCUCAGACUCAAACCCUGACCAGGUGACAUCGAUGCCUACACCUACACAACACAUCGAAAUCAGGCAAGAAGCUGUUAAUUAUCUGGGAUACUACUCAUCCCAUGAACAACUUAUGCAGCAGUUGAUUCUGGAACAAGCCAACAGCGCAGUUCAAAGGAUAUGUUCAAUGGUAACUCAGGGAAUGGUGCAUUGUCGAACACACCUGCUGUGGAACAAGCUGCAGUGCUCAGCUUCUCGUGACUGGGAACGUCGUAGAGAUAGGGAGGAGGUAUCACCAAGAGAUGCGUUUGCAGGACUUACAUACAGUGAGUUUUGUGAGCUGCGGAAUCUUGCCAUUGUGGAGCCCUUAAGUCAAAUGGAUUCACGUCUUUCACCACUCCUUUGUCAGCCCCUUAGCUGGUAUCAAGCUCUGUCAAAAGUAUUAAUGGCAAAGUAUGGAGAUCACUGCCGAAUGUUCAUGGCACCAGAUGGCAAUGUUCAGCAUAUUGUCAUCUUGCACCCUCGCUAUGUGGAAGCCUUCAUGAUGUUAUCUAUAGACUUACAUUCAUCUCGUGGGGAUCUUGCUGUUGUAUACCAGAAGGCUCUGCCAGAUAGAGAACAUGCUUCGUCAGAUUGCCUUGAAUUCUGCUUAGCUGACAUUCAGGCUUUGGUGGAAGGUUUUGUUAAUGCCUGUUGUUUCCAUUUGUGGGGUGGAUUACUGUGAUAGGACAGCACAGAGUUACCCGAUUAAACCAGCACUUAAUAGAAGGAUCAGGGGACCUGCUUGAGAAGAUUAAAUGCUUACAAAUAAUAUUCAGACAUAUUCUUUAUAGGGUCCUUUCUAUCAUUCAAAGGAUUUUUUUAAUAAUGUGAUAAAAUUAUACAGUAAGAAUACCAUACACUUUUUAAACCUUUUUGUAAAAAACCAGGUGUAUGUCAUAUUUGGGGUUUGGGUGUAGGUGCCACAAAGUGCUACACAUGUGAAUAUAUUAUAAAAUCACACUGCAGUAGACUUAGCAGCACUAUUUGCAUGAGGCAUACAUUCACAGUCAUUUACUGUUAGUGAGAAACUGCCAAGAUUUAGGAGAAAAAGAACAGACACAAUUGUACCAGGCCAGGGAGUUGAAUGUAGAGUAAAUGUUGCAUGCAGCACUAGUCUAAAUCGCAGUCUUAAGCAGGCUUUUCAUGUUCAAAAUGCGAAAUUUGGAAGGAUAGAAGAAAGUCUUUUUUCAUGACAUUUUAGGUUUUUGUGACAAUAGAAAAUUAAAUUGUGUCUUCUGGGUUAGGACACUAUGUACUCCCAUAGGUGGAUACCAACAUUUCAGAGGAACCUAUUGCCACUAUCUUCCAAUUAGAAAUGUGUGUAUUUAUCUUUUACACUGACAAAAUGAUGAGUUCAGACAACCCUAAUUCAUUCAGCAUAGUUGUAAGUACCCAUCCCCCACUCAAACUGCUGUAAUUUUAUCAGCAUCGCAUGUACUUUUGUAAAUUGUUAGUGUGGAACUAGCAACAUUUAUUUAAUUUAGUAUCAGUUUUAGUGCUAUUUUCAGUCAGGAAGUCUAUUUAAUUUUUGCAUUUCAUUUCUAUUUUUUCAUAAAAACAUAUGAAAAUUUGAAUGCUUGAUUUAUUCAGGGACUUGUGGUAUUUGAGUAAAUACACUGUUAAAUGUAACAUACUGAUUAAUAUGUUUAACACUCUACACAUUCAAGUCUGUCUUUAAUGCAACUCUGUUCACAAUCUCUCCUUAAUUUAAAAUAACAUUAAAAUUGCAAUCAACUGCUAGAUGUUUCAGCCUUACUUGGCCAUCCUCAGGCAACUGUUCACUUUUUGAAAUUGCCACACUGCACUAGUUCUCAAGUCAGAAUCUUUCAGUGCAAUGCCUUUGAUACAAAAGUGACAUACACUCGACUAAUGGGAACAUACAUACUAAUUGAAUUGAAUUGAAUUGAAUUUAUUUACAUUCUAUAAAUCCUAAGCAGGUUAGUACCUUUGGAUAC